AUGCUUGCCGACUCCAUUGGAUCCCAACUUGUGGGAGGCGACGCACCGAAACUUCGAACCGCGUGCGAGAAUUGCAGACAAUCCAAAGUCAAGUGCAAUCUAUCCGGCAAGAACGUGUGCACUCGCUGCCUCCGAAACGGGCUGCAGUGUCAAUACGGAUUCGCCAAUCGCUCUGGUAAACCAAAAGGCAGCAAAAACCGAGCAACGCUGAGAAAACUGGGCCAGUUGCCGGAGGACAAGCCCGCUGUUCGGAGCUAUCGUGGUAGCCGGAUGGGAUCUGCUGCUGUAGAUCGCGAGCCGCUUGUCACGGCAGGCUAUGCAGGACAUAUGACUGGAUCAAUUCUCGAUGAUGAUGUAUGCUUGAUUCCAGGCCCACCGAGUCUUUGGGAUAGCCCACGAGGCCUUGGCAGUGUAGCCCUAGAUACACCCAUAUUUCCGUCGCAAACGACAGCGGUGGGCGGUUCACCCUUCGGCGGUUUUGUGAAUGCUUGCCCUGCUCUCUCACUCGGCUUGGGGUAUCCGCAAACUCCAGUGACCCCCACGUUUCUCUCAUCGGAUCCACUGGUAGAUGGUAUGACAAGUCCACCACUGAGUGGCUCCGUAUCCUCGCCUUACACAGGCCUAGCAUCGUGUGAGUGCGUGGAUAUGCAGUUGUUUCAUAUGAACCGACUCAAUCAACUACUCGCCGAGUCCCAGCCACUUCGCUUCGAUCACAGCUUGCAGACGAUCAAAGCGACAUUUUGUGCCGGGCAGAUCUUCCUACAGUGCAGGACAUGCGCCAAGGAUAGUUCCAAUCUGCUGCUUCUCAUCUCUGUUCUCAAUUCAACCCUCCAACUAUUCGAAUACUGGAUAUCGCGGGAGACCUCUCGAGCGCCACAGGCGGAUCACGGAGUCGAUAUCAGAUACGGAUACUACGAGGUCUGCCACGAAGAAAACCUGCAGAUACGCACAUUUCUACUUCGGGGUCUACUCCUGCAGUGUAGAGAGUUGCUCUCCCUGUUAACGACGUCUGUUAAUACGUCCUAUCUAGACGGCGAGAGCUCGGUCAUGGCAAAGACGACGACUGGGGAGAUAGAUCAUCAUCCCUGGUCCUCACCAGGCAGUCUCUGUACCCCCCUGCCGGACCUUGAUCCCGAGUUAUUGCGUGACAGUGGUUCCGAGAGCAAGUGUCUGCUACCCAUCAUCGUGGGCUACGAAGCAACUGUGGACGCAUUUCUCCAAUCGGUGUCGACGAAUGAAUGUAUCUGCGGGUCUAAAUGCGUGGAGGAGCCACUUUGA